AUGGAGUGUUUGCAUGGAUUCCCAGCGUCCACGGUUUCUACAAAAAAUGGAAAAUUUUGGCUUUCCAUCAAAAAUAACCCCAAGAGUUGUGAAUUAUUUUGCCCUGCUCAAGACCGCUCGUUGUACGAAACGGCUAUGGCAAUGUGGAGAGCGAAUGGACCAAUUCAUCCGGUGUGUGAUACUCGCCAAAGACUAGCAAGAAUGAAAGUCGUCAAAGACGUUAGUAAACUGAACUUUGGAAGGCCGUUUUUUGUUUGUUGCGACCGCGAGAAUCCAUGUAAGUUCUGGCAGUGGGGUGACAGACACGAGUUGCCAAAACCAAAGUGCGGACACGGAUUGAAUGCUUGCGUGCGGAAAGUCAAAAAGGAAGGAGAAAAUCAAGGCCGCCUUUUCUUCUGUUGCCCAAACGAUCGAGAAAAGUCGUGCGGUUUUUUUUAA